GACCUUGGAUGAUUAUUUUUGUUGGAGUGGGUCCAUAUAUUAAUUUAGGAUCUCAAAAUUGGCCAGAAUCGUCUCAUUUCUUCCAACUCACACACCACACUCAAUUAUGCACUCUCAGUUUUGUAAUAAAACCAAGAUCCACACCCAAACAGCAACUAGUGCUGAUAAAUAUUUCCCAAACGCAUCGCUUUUGUGUGUCGGCACCUGCGCUUAUGACACUUUUACCUUAAAACGUCAACUCUCCACCGCUAUGAGAAAGGACUGUCCACCGCUAUCCUCCAUCACCGGCGGCUCCGUCGUGAAGUUACCGCCGUGUUUGGAAACUAAGCCUUUAGUAGCUACAUUGCUAGCUCUCACUCUCGUCUUGCUCCUCUGGAACCUCCCCCCUUACUACCAAAACCUACUCUCCACCACACGCCCUUGCUCUGCCGCUGCCACCACAACCACCACUCUUAUCUCCUCCAAUGCUUCCUCAUUACCAAUGAAUGCCUCCGCCACCCCAUCAGUGUCGGCGCAAAAGCUGUCCACUGUGGUUUCAGACCCAAACAAGCGGAUCUUCCAGGCAUACGGGAACGCUGCCGCUCUGUUUGUUCAGAUGGGUGCAUACCGAGGGGGGGCAAGGACAUUCGCGGUGGUAGGGCUGGCUUCGAAGCCCAUUCAUGUGUAUGGGAGACCUUGGUACAAGUGCGAGUGGAUCUCCAACAAUGGUUCUUCUACGAGAGCCAAGGCCUACAAAAUGCUGCCAGACUGGGGGUACGGUCGCGUCUACACUGUUGUGGUUGUGAAUUGCACUUUCCCUGUGAAUCCCAACGAGGACAAUGCGGGUGGUAAGCUCAUGCUCAAUGCCUACUACGGUGAAUCUCCCAGGAAGUUUGAGAAAAUGGUUGCUCUAGAGGAAGCAGCUGGGUCUUACAACGAGUCCAAGUUCCAUCCUCCUUACCAGUAUGAGUAUCUCUACUGCGGCUCUUCCUUGUAUGGGAACGUAAGCGGCGCCAGAAUGAGGGAAUGGAUGGCUUACCACGCCUGGUUCUUUGGGCCCAGCUCCCACUUCGUGUUUCACGACGCCGGAGGAGUUAGCCCUCAGGUGAGGGCUGCCCUUGAGCCCUGGGUGCGAGCAGGCAGGGCUACGGUUCAGGAUAUCAGAGGGCAGGGUGAGUUUGAUGGGUAUUAUUAUAACCAGUUUCUGGUAGUGAAUGACUGCUUACAUAAGUACCGGUAUGCAGCCAACUGGACAUUUUACUUCGAUGUGGAUGAGUAUAUAUACUUGCCGGAUGGCAAUACUUUAGAAUCGGUGCUCAAUGAAUUCUCAGAUUAUACGCAGUUCACGAUUGAGCAGAAUCCAAUGUCGAGUGUCCUUUGUUUGAAAGAUUCCAGCCGGGACUAUGCAAGGGAGUGGGGAUUGGAGAAGCUGUUGUUCAGAGAUGCACGAAGUGGGAUGAGGAGGGAUCGCAAGUACGCAAUUCAGGCGAAGAAUGCAUUUGCUACCGGAGUCCACAUGUCGGAGAAUGUGGCGGGGAAGACGUUGCACAAAACGGAAACAAAGAUCCGUUACUAUCACUACCACAACUCCAUUACAGUGUCAGGUGAAGUGUGCAGGGAAUUUGUAGGUCCAUCAGCAAAGAAGAAGGGCACUCGCUACAAUAAGGUGGCCUAUGUGUAUGACGAUACCAUGAAGAAGCUGGUGGAUGGCAUCAGGGAAUUUGAGCGGAACACUAUCGGAAAUGUGGAGCCUUCGUGAUUGAUUGACGGAACAAAGCUCUCAUCCAUCACAUGUUUUACUUAUAGAUGUGUGCGUGGUGAGAAUGUAAUUCAAUACUAUUUUUUCAAUUUGAUUUGUGUAUAAUUACUAGUGAA